AUGACUGAAGUGGAGCAACAACAAACAGCGCCAGAACAACCUAUGGCAGUCCCAAAACAGAAGGAAGUACUUGCAACUAAGGUAACUGGCACAGUAAAAUGGUUUAACGUCAAAAGCGGUUAUGGAUUUAACAACAGAAAUGAUACCAAAGAAGACGUUUUUGUGCAUCAAUCAGCCAUAAUAAAGAAUAACCCGAAGAAAGCCGUCCGAUCAGUGAGCGACGGUGAAGUCGUAGAAUUUAGCGUAGUCGUAGGUGAAAAGGGUAACGAGUAA